CUGAGACCCCUCUCACAACACACACACUUCAGAUAGUGAGGAAGUGUGUAGCAGGAGAGAUAGGGUUGAAGCAUGCCAGCGUAUUCAACCAACAUGAGGCUGAAGUUUCCAAUUGUGGCCUUGCUGCUAGAGAUCAUCACCAUCUGCCUGUACGCCGUAUUUGUGACAUACGAUGUUGGACAUGGCCAUUCUUCAGCUCAUCAUGGCUCUAAAAAUGAAACUGAAUCAAACCCAGUGGCUCUCUACCCUAUGUUUCAGGAUGUUCAUGUGAUGAUCUUCAUCGGUUUUGGGUUCCUAAUGACCUUUCUGAAGAGAUACGGCUUCAGCAGUGUAGGCCUCAACCUGCUGCUUGCCGCCUUUGGCCUUCAAUGGGGUUUACUGCUGCAAAAUAUAUGGCACAUGGAAGAUGGAAAAAUCAGGGUUUCAAUCACAAGCAUGAUUAAUGCAGAUUUUAGCACAGCAACGGUGCUGAUCUCAUUUGGUGCAGUUCUGGGGAAAACAAGCCCAGUACAGCUACUCAUCAUGACCCUGCUGGAAAUCACCAUAUUCAGCCUUAAUGAACACGUUGUUGUUGAACUGUUGGAAGCAUCUGAUGUUGGCGCUUCCAUGACCAUCCACGCGUUUGGAGCUUACUUUGGUCUCGCUGUUGCUCGUAUGCUUUAUCGCCCAGGUCUUCGCAAUGGCCACGACAAUGAGGGAUCUGUUUAUCACUCUGAUCUAUUCGCAAUGAUUGGUACUGUGUAUCUGUGGAUGUUCUGGCCAAGUUUUAACUCUGCUAUUGCCGAAACUGUACCAGAGCAGCUUACUGCCAUCAUCAAUACUUAUUUUUCCCUGGCUGCCUGUGCACUCGCUGCCUAUGCUACAUCAAGCUUGGUGGAGAAGAAAGGCAAAUUGGACAUGGUUCACAUCCAGAAUGCAACUCUGGCCGGUGGUGUUGCCGUAGGAACGUGUGCUGAUAUGAACAUUGCACCAUUUGGAGCCAUGUUGAUCGGCGUCACUGCCGGAAUCAUCUCUACUCUCGGCUUCAAAUUCCUGACUCCCAUUCUUGCAUCAAACCUGGGAAUUCAGGAUACAUGUGGAGUUCAUAACCUCCAUGGCAUGCCUGGGAUUUUGGGUGGUCUGGCUGGGAUCAUAGCAGCAGCACUGGGCAGAAAAUCUGGCAUUAGUCCUGGUAUUCAAGCUGCUGCUUUAGCGUCAUCUCUUGGUUUCGCCCUUGUUGGUGGAGCCAUCACAGGUCUUUUAUUGAAACUGCCAUUUUGGGGACAGCCACCUGAUCAGAACUGCUUUGACGACUCUCUCUACUGGGAGGUACCUGAGGAAGAGGAACCCAGUGAAAGUCUUACUCACACCGAUCACUCUAAAAACAAGGCGGAGGCUUAAAACUCAGACUUUACGCUCAAAUCCAAAUUCUACAACCAGCUCAGGGAAACUAACCCAUGUGUACAAACUUGUUUUCAUGUACAAGGACAUUUUAUCAUACAUGAGAAUUAUGUGACUAGGAAAACCAUUUAAACGUCUCAAAAUGAUGAAAACACUGAUACCCAUUGGAGCUUAGUUACAUCAUGGUGAACUUUCUAUUUAACAUAUGAGAAUUGUUCUCAUGGAUUGGUGCCUGUUGUCUAUCGACAAAUUGGCAAGAGGUGUGUUUCCUAUGAAUACCAGAAUGUCCUUGUACAUGUCACCUUAUCAAAACCUAAUCACAGAUUCUGUGCCAAACCAUAGAUCUCUGGGAUUUGAGCUGGUCAUGAGUACAGAAGCUAAACAAAUGAGCAGCCACUGCUCAGCAAUUUAGACAUACACACAUCUGUCUUUUCAUUCUUUCACUGCACACUUCCAUUCAGCAAAUACAAGUCAUACUGUGAUGGAGCUGCAUUAACAAUAUGAAUAUGAUUAUGCAGUCAAAAAUGUUUUGAAAUGAUCAUGUUACAAAAUAUAUUCAUUACAGAUUUGAAAAAAACUUUCCUUAGCUACUUAAUAUUUCAUUACAUAUAUUGUGUUUUAUUAAUUUCCUAAGACUGAUAGCUUGUGCCUUUCUGAGCCCUGAUUGGUCUUUAUAAAAACAUUUGCAUGCUUUACAUUUAUUUCAUUGCUUUACUCUUUAUUCCUUCCCAUGUUUGACACAGUCAGUUCUGUUUCCUGCUCUGAUUUAUGUCAGUUUUAUAUCUUUAUCAGUGAUAAAAAAAUUAUAAAACUGAGUCAUGUGAAGUUAAAAGCAAGCAAGGAACAUGUAUGCCUGUCUGUUUAGAAUCAGAUAUCAUGACAUCCCAACAAUUUGAAUAAUAAUAAUUGUAACUCAGAUGUUUGGUCCUGAUUGUACAUGAAAUUUCACAGACAGGUGACUGACUUAUAUGAUUUAAACACUUUGUGUGUGUGUGUGUGUGUGUGUGUGUGUGUGUGUGUGUGUGUGUGUGUGUGUGUGUGUGUGUGUAUUUACUCACCCUUGUUAGGAUUUAGGUAGCAUCACAAAAUAUUAUUAAGGUUAAGAAUAUAACAAAUAUAUUUCAUUAAUAAAUGUUUUUAUACGGUG